AUGGAGGUAGAACCAGUAGAACCACAAUCACUGAAGAAGCUAAGCUUCAAGUCUCUCAAACGCGCACUCGAUCUCUUCUCCCCCGUUCAUCAACAACUUGCUCCUCCCGAUCUCGAAAGCAAGAAAAUUCGUAUCAAUUACAAGGUCAAUGCUGAGUAUGGUGGAAUUAAAAAUACUACUCAACCUCCCCAGCAGACAAAGGAUAACUCUCAACAAGCAGGGUCUUCUAACGCACUUGCUCUUCCAGGUCCAGGAAAUUCGGAUCUUCCAAAAGGAGGGCCCCAAAAAGCUUUGGUUGUUGGUCCAGCUAUGCCAUCCACAGCAACGAAUGGUCUUGGUUCUCAGGGAAAAAGUACAUUAGUUGUUUCUUCAUCUGGCUCAUCCGAAAGGAAUUUCUCAACAUCUGCUUUGAUGGAAAGAAUGCCAAGUAAAUGGCCACGACCUGUGUGGCAUGCACCAUGGAAAAACUACAGGGUCAUCAGUGGUCACUUAGGAUGGGUGAGAUCUGUUGCCGUUGAUCCCAGUAAUACAUGGUUUGCCACUGGUUCUGCAGAUCGAACUAUCAAGAUAUGGGACCUGGCAAGUGGUGUUCUAAAGCUCACAUUAACAGGCCACAUCGAACAAGUAAGAGGCCUUGCUAUUAGCAGCAAACAUACAUACAUGUUUUCUGCUGGUGACGAUAAACAAGUUAAAUGUUGGGAUCUUGAACAGAAUAAGGUUAUUAGGUCUUAUCAUGGCCAUCUGAGUGGUGUUUAUUGCUUGGCUAUUCAUCCCACAAUUGACAUUUUACUGACUGGGGGACGUGAUUCUGUCUGCCGGGUCUGGGACAUACGUAGCAAAAUGCAGAUUCACGCUCUUUCAGGUCACGAGAACACUGUCUGCUCUGUGUUCACACGGCCAACGGAUCCUCAAGUUGUCACUGGUUCUCAUGAUUCUACAAUCAAGAUGUGGGACCUUAGAUAUGGUAAAACAAUGUUAACUCUUACAAACCAUAAAAAGUCUGUUCGAGCUAUGGCUCCACAUCCUAAAGAGCAAGCUUUUGCAUCUGCAUCGGCUGAUAAUAUUAAAAAGUUCACCCUUCCAAAAGGAGAGUUUUGUCACAAUAUGCUUUCUCAACAGAAAACUAUUAUCAAUGCAAUGGCUGUCAAUGAGGAGGGUGUUAUGGUUACUGGAGGUGACAAUGGCAGUAUGUGGUUCUGGGAUUGGAAGAGUGGUCACAAUUUCCAGCAAUCUCAAACAAUUGUACAACCUGGUUCCCUGGACAGCGAGGCUGGUAUCUAUGCUUUAACCUAUGAUGUUACGGGUACGAGGCUUAUAUCAUGCGAAGCCGACAAGACCAUAAAAAUGUGGAAAGAAGAUGACAAUGCCACACCAGAAACACAUCCCCUUAACUUCAGGCCUCCUAAAGACAUUCGUCGCUUCUAG